AUGGGCGAAAUGCUUUCUUUUGGUAAUUGGUUGCAGAGUGGAAGACUUAUUGACAUUACGGGUGCAGUGGGUACUUGUUAUCUUGGCAUUGCCCGCAAUGCUAGAGUAUGUGAGGCGGUCACUCAAGCGCAAUGGAGUGUCAGAAGACAUAGGAUUCGGCAUUUCCAUGAGCUACAUGCCCGCAUUCAGAGAGAACCGGUCCCUGAUGAUCAACAAGGACAAGAUGUGAUCCUGUGGAAUCACUCCGAUGACAAUUUCAAACCAUGGUUCUGUUCAGCGCGCACUUGGGAUCAGAUCAGGCAAAAGAAGGCCACAGUUUUAUGGAACGAGAGUGUUUGGUUCACGCAAGAAGUACCGAGAUUCUCCUUUAUAGUCUGGUUGGCUGUGAGGAACAGACUAUCAACAGGAGACCGAAUGAGAGCUUGGGGGAUUCAUCAAGGCUGUCUUUUGUGUGGAGAGAGGGAUGAAACACGGGACCAUGUCUUCUUCGUGUGUCCCUAUUCUUUUACAGUGUGGGACAAGUUAGCUAACAGACUGAGUGGUAACAGAACGGAUCCUGAUUGGACGACCUCGCUGCAGUUUUUAAGCGCAAACAACCUGCAGAUAAUGGACAAGAUACUGCUCAAGAUGGUCUUUCAAACCACCAUCUACCAUUUAUGGCAAGAAAGAAACCGAAGAAGGCAUCAGACAGGCCAUCGCACGGUUGAUCAAACAGUCCGAGUCAUUGACAAGGCAAUGAGAAACAGAAUCUCCUCUCUUCGCUACAGAGCUGACCAUAAAUUCACUGGUUUGAUGCAGAGAUGGUUUGAAGUCUAA